UUUUAAGAGGGUUUAGGCUUUUUUCCAUCUACCUUUGUCUCCAAAAUUUUCCAAUUGAAAAAAACUGAAAGACAAUUUUCUUAUCAACGAACCAAACAAGUGAAAAUGGCAAUCUCUUUCUCUCUCACCAAAACCCUAAAAAAUAUUCCAACGAAAACCCCAAUCUUCAGCGUUCGUAAUACUCAUUCCCAUACCCACCUCAAGUUCACCCCCAAUCUCAAACCUCCACCACUCUCUCGUCUCUUUACCACCUGUAAAACCAAACCCAAUCUCCAAUUUAAACCCCGACAGAACCCAGUCCGAUCACUCUUCACCGGCAUCGUCGAAGAAAUGGGUGAAAUCAAGGAACUGGGUGUCGCCGACGACGGCGGAUUCACCAUGAAAAUCCACGCAAAAACCGUUCUUGAAGACGUCAAUCUCGGCGACAGCAUCGCCGUUAACGGAACAUGCCUCACAGUCACGCAAUUUGACACCCAAUUGUCCCAUUUCACCAUCGGCUUAUCUCCCGAAACCCUAAGAAAAACGUCGCUAAUUGAGCUCCUGCCAGGGUCGUUGGUCAAUUUAGAGAGAGCAUUGAAGCCUUCGACGCGAAUGGGUGGUCAUUUUGUGCAGGGACAUGUUGAUGGGACUGGUGAGAUUGUGGAGGCAGAGCCAGAAGGGGAUUCAUUGUGGGUAAAGGUUAAAACGUCGUCGGAUUUGUUGAAGUAUAUCGUUCCGAAGGGGUUUAUAGCUGUGGAUGGGACUAGUUUGACUGUGGUGAAGGUGUUUGAUGAAGAGGAAUGUUUCAAUUUUAUGUUGGUGGCUUACACUCAACAGAAGGUGGUGAUUCCAUUGAAGAAAGUUGGGCAGAAGGUGAAUCUGGAGGUGGAUAUACUUGGCAAGUAUGUGGAGAGACUUCUCAGUAGUGGGUUUGUCAAUGCUAUCAAAUCUUCAUGAUCUGAGAGAUUGGCAAACAGGCCUGGCGGGUACUUCCCAUAAAGAUUUAUGUAGCUGAACAUGGUGGAAGCACAAUCGUUCUUUCGGUCAUUGAUCUGGUCAGAAAAAGGGCAAGCGAAUUGUUUGAAGGCCUCGCAGCAAAGUUUGGGUGAGUAUUGGGGUCCUUUGCACUGGCUUGUGAUGACUGUGUAGUUCUGAUUCUCAAAGUUUACAGAGCAACCUGCCAAAAUUUGAAGACAAUAUCAUAGCAGGACUCUUUUAGAGCUAAGUAGCUAACUCAACCCUCUCUAAUAGCUGCAAUGAAUUUUUAGCCACUUUUUAAUAUAAUCUAAUGAAGAUGAUAUUAUGCUCUCA